GUGGAGCGCUUCUUUAAGGGCUAUGGGAAGAUCCUGGAGGUGGAUCUGAAGAACGGGUGGGGAAAGAUCAAGUGCAGACUGAGAUGUGGCCAGCGUUUGCAGACCAGGAAUCCACACCAGCUCUAAGCAGAGAGCUCUUGGUGUGCGGGAACUGCCAGUGUGCCGACGUGAAAAGAGCCCCAGACUGGGUACUGGUGAGCCCUGAAGUCGCACCCCAGCUCUGCCACUCAGUGAGCACGGCAACAUCCCUAAUCCUGACCAGCCAUGGAGAGGUUCGGUUCUUGCCAGUGAAUGUGGGAAUGGCUCACCACAUUGGGAAAACAAAACUCACAUCCUGCUGAUGUUGGCUGAGGACUGUCAUGUCCACAUACAAAGAAAAGCAUGUGGCACAGUUUUAGGACAAAGGUACGGGUUUGUGGAGUUUGAUGAUCUGCGAGAUGCAGAUGACGCUGUUUAUGAGCUGAAUGGCAAAGACCUUUGUGGUGAGCGAGUAAUUGUUGAGCAUGCCCGCGGCCCACGGCGAGAUGGCAGUUACGGUUCUGGACGCAGUGGAUAUGGUUAUAGAAGAAGUGGCCGAGAUAAAUACGGCCCUCCUACACGCACAGAAUACAGACUUAUUGUGGAAAAUUUGUCAAGUCGGUGCAGCUGGCAAGACCUAAAGGAUUAUAUGCGUCAGGCAGGAGAAGUGACUUAUGCAGAUGCCCACAAGGGACGCAAAAAUGAAGGGGUGAUUGAAUUUGUGUCUUACUCUGAUAUGAAAAGAGCUUUGGAAAAGUUAGAUGGAACGGAAGUCAAUGGCAGAAAAAUCAGAUUAGUUGAAGACAAGCCUGGCUCCAGAAGACGCAGGUCCUACUCCAGGAGCCGCAGUCACUCAAGGUCUCGCUCUCGAAGCAGGCACUCUCGUAAGAGCAGAAGCCGGAGCGGCAGCAGCAAAAGCAGCCAUUCUAAGAGCGGAUCCAGGUCCAGGUCAGGCUCCCGUUCCCGGAGCAAGAGCCGCAGCCGCAGCCAGAGCCGCAGCCGCAGCAAGAAGGAAAAGAGCCGCAGCCCCAGCAAGGACAAGAGCCGCAGCCGCAGCCGCAGCGCCGACAAGCGCCGCAGCAAGAGCAAAGACCCGGCGGAGGAGAAGGUGCAGAACAGCGACCGCACCGGCAAGUCCAAGAGCCGCAGCCCCAGCCGGCACAAGAGCAAGAGCCGCAGCCGCAGUCAGGAGAGGGGCGCGGAGGAGGCACGGGGCAGCGCGAGCAGGAGCCGAAGCAAGGAGAAGAGCCUGCGCAAGAGCCGCAGCCGCAGCCAAGGGGGCAGCCGCAGCCGCAGCCGCAGCAAAAGCAAGGACAAGAGGAAGGGGAGGAAGAGGAGCCGGGAGGAGAGCCGCAGCCGCAGCCGCAGCCGCAGCAAGAGUGAGAGGAGCCGGAAACGGGGUGGCAAGCGAGACAGCAAGUCGGGCAGCGGCGGCGGGAGCGGCAGCAGCAAGAAGAAGAAGAAGGAAGACGCGGACCGCUCGCAGUCCAGGUCACGCUCCCGCUCGGGCUCCAAGGAGAGGGAGCGUGCCAAGUCCGAGUCCGGCCAGAGGGAAGGCCGAGGGGAGGGUGAGGAUGCCGGCGCCAAUCAGGAGACCCGGUCCAGGUCGAGGUCCAAUUCCAAAUCAAAACCAAACCUUCCAUCAGAAUCACGCUCCAGAUCAAAGUCCGCCUCAAAAACCCGGUCUCGGUCCAAGUCUCGGUCCAGGUCUGGGUCCAGAUCGCCCUCCCGAUCUAGAUCCAGGUCUCACUCGAGGUCCUAACUGGCCGCGGCCACAGCUGGAACUCCCCGAGCUGUCUUUUUGUACAUGUUUGGUAGCCGUAGCACAAGUGAUUGGAGUAGAACACAUGUCACUACUGUACAUUUUUACUUCCCCUAAUGGUGUGUCUACAACUGUUAAAUCUAAGUGCUUCCUCUCCAUAAAGCCUCCUGGGCCCAGGCCUUCCUGCUCGACUGAAAACAAUCUUCUCUUUGAAAACCCCUUUUACUCAUGGCCCACGGUAGAAUAUCCAAAAUGCCUUGGCUUUCAGGCCUGGCCUUUCCUACAGGGAGCUCAGAACCUGGAUGGCUUUAAGGCUGGAAUGAUGUCAUAGGUAGGUAUGGUGAGUUCAACCAUUUUGCCCUUGAAUUGAUGCCCUUUGAUGUAUGCCAUUUAGUGAAAGUGCUAAGUCUUAAGUUUCCUACCACUUUGGUUUCAUAUUUUUGGACUUAACAAAGUUGUGAAUAGCAAGCACAGUCAAGGAAAACUGAUACCUGCAGUAACCCAUAGGAAAUAAACUGUAGAGUUCCAUAUUCUGGUAUUGUGAUUAUAUUGUUUUAUAUUAAAAAAAAAGAAAAGAAAAGAAUUUUUUUUAAUUUUAUUUUUCCCCGUCUUGCAAAGUAUAGUGACCCCUGUUUCCAUUAAAUUUGAAUAAAGACUAUUUU